AUGGUUCUCUCAGGCUCUAGCAGUGCCAAGGAUGCCCUGUUGCAAACCAAGGAAUGCGUACAGGACCUUCAAUCGAUCAUGCGAAGAACGCAAGGAGGUGAAUCUGGAGCACUCACAACUGAGGUCAGGAAAUACUUGACCUCAAGGAAGAUGGUGAAGAAGGCAAUCCACAAGGCUAUGGUAAAUCUCAAGGGAUCCAGUUUCUCAUCCCUCAGCAAGGACAAUAGACUAUUGCCGUCGUUAGCACGUUGA